CCUAAACCCCUGAACCUGGUACUUGGUAAUGUAGGAAGUUGGGAUUUUACAAACCCAAAACGCUCAAACUUUCACCAUUUUGCAAAGGGCAAACCACAAUAAUAAUCAAGAGAUAGAAAGAAAAUGGCAAAGGAAUUCACAAAAUCAUCCAAAAUCAGCCAUAAAUUCAAAAGCAGAAGCAGUAAAAAUGGAGACAACAAUGGUGAAUUUGAUAAACAAGAAAAGGGUAAAACAGGUUUCAGCAAGAAAUUUACAAAAGAGAAGACUCAAAUUCGAUCAAACCCAUUAAAGGUAUCAUCUUUGGAAUCCAGCAAGAAGAAAUUUGGGGAAAAAAGGAAGAAAGUUGAGGAUUUUUCAGGAAAAAGCAGCAAAAAUUUGGGGAAUAAUUUUGAUAAGCAACUCAAUAAUGAUGAUAACAAGUAUAUCAGAAAAAACCCAUUGAAGUUUUCUUCUUCAGAAUCUGGUAAGAACAAAUUUGGGGAUAAUAGGAAUAAAUUUGAAGAGAAUUCGUCAAAAGUUUCAAUUUUGAGAAUUGAAAGGAAGAAAUUUGGGAAGAAAAAUUCUGAGGAUGAUUCAGUGGAAGCUAAACCAAAGAAGAAGAAGAGAGUGAUCAAGAUUGAUCGUUACGACUUUUCGAAUAAGCGGCUUGAUGAUGGAAAUGUGCUUAAUGAGAUAACCAAUCAACAGAAGAAGGAAGAGAAAAAAGAAGAGGUUGACAAAGUGGAAUUGUCAAUGAAUGCACAGUUCAGGGCAAUUAAACCAAGUCCUUCAAUCCUUACAUUUGUUGAGGACAAUUUAUUGGGUCGUAGACGCGAUAUUGAGCUAAGAAGGGCUGGCUAUAACACUGAACUCCCGGCGCCAUUGGAUAACAUACCCUUCUCCACAAGCACGGAUAGGGAAAGAAUUGAAGAAAGUGUAUUCAGGAAUAAGAUGGAGUUUUUCGCAGCUGCGAAAGUUUCUUCAUCAUUUCCCCCGCCUGAUCUCCCUGAGAUUGCGUUUGCUGGCAGGUCCAAUGUUGGGAAAUCGUCUCUACUUAAUUCACUUACCAGACAAUGGGGAGUUGUUCGGACUUCCGAUAAACCUGGUCAUACUCAGAGUAUAAACUUUUUUAAUCUUGGUACAAAGCUCAACUUAGUAGAUUUACCUGGUUAUGGUUUUGCUUAUGCAAAGGAAGAAGUCAAGGAGGCUUGGGAGGAUCUGGUAAAAGAGUAUGUUUCCACAAGAAUUGGGCUAAAAAGAGUUUGCCUUCUCAUUGACACCAAGUGGGGUAUGAAACCAAGGGAUCAUGAACUUGUUCAUUUGAUGGAAAGGUAUCAGACCAAGUAUCAAAUUGUCUUGACAAAAACAGACACGGUGUUCCCCCUUGAUGUGGCUCGUCGUGCUAUGCAGAUUGAAGAGACACUCAAAGAACAUAGAUCCAUUGUCCAACCUGUGAUGAUGGUCAGUUCAAGAUCUGGAGCUGGCAUUAGAUGUUUGAGAACAGCACUUUCGAAAAUAGCGCGAUUUGUUAAGCCUUGAACAAUUUUGGAUGGAUGUUGGGACUUUUUUUUUGGGAGCAGAUUUACAUGUUUAGGUUACUUCAAGUAGGCUUGAAAGUGCAAGACUUGGAUGACGCCUUUCAAAUUGAGAACAAUCAGUUAAAUGUAAUUUUUUCAUUAAUUCAUAAUGAAAUUUGGCAACUGGAAUUCAAUCAAAGGUAUAUUAGAAAGCAUUUAAAUAGUACAAUAAUAAGUGGCUUGUUGAUGCAUAUUA